AAUAAAUUUUUGUGAUUUUAUUGUUUUGAAACAUAUUUGGUGUGAGAUACGGAUGCCUUUCAACUUAUUAAAGUUAAGGCCAUGGUUGGGUGUUGUGUGUCUGGUUGCCAAAGCCGUAGUGAAUGUAAAAAUCCAGGAGCUUCCACACGUACAGCUACAGGAGUCCCCUUCAAGUGAAACGCACCGGCAACUUGAUGUGUCGGCCUGUCCUUGACAUUUUGAUAGGCUGGGACGUAUCUUGGGUAUUGGUGGUAUAUUUGUCAGAUGGAUAUAUAUUUUCAAAGCCAGAAACAAAGUAGUUUAUACAACAGAGUGAAGAAACUAUUGAUAUCGUAUGAUUGGAGCGAUUGCAGUUUUAUUGUUAACGAUAAAGAAUUCAAAGCUCAUAAACUGAUACUGGGUAUUAGCAGCCCUGUAUUUGAAGCAAUGUUUUACGGCCCAUUGUCAGCAAGUCAUAAAGUUGUCAUCACAGAUAUAAAUCCAUGUACUUUUCAACUACUUCUGAAUUACAUAUAUACAGAUAAAGUAGACGUAACAUCCAUUGAAGAAGCAUAUGAUUUAUUGUAUGCAGCAAAGAAGUAUUUACUUGAUGACUUAGCCUCUAUUUGCUGUGAUUAUGUAUUGAGUAAUAUGAGCAUUGACAAUGUUAUAACUGUAUUAAAUUAUCCAGAUUAUAUUCAGGUCGCUACACUAGUUACUUCCGCUCGAAAACUAUUCUGCCAAUAUGCAAAGUAUUUGUUUCAAGAACACAUCAAUGAAAUUUCACUUGUUUGCUUACACUUAAUUCUAGAGAGCAAUGAAAUCAAUAUAAGUGAAUUGAAAUUAAUAAGACAUGUAUUUGAAUGGACUAAAUAUUAUUGUGAACAAAACAACAUUCCCAACGAUCUCAGUAGUAGAAGAGAUGUUCUAAUAAGUAAUGGUUUAUUUUGUUUGUUGCGGUUCAAAACAUUAUGCUUAAAUGAAUUAAAUCUCAUUAUAAAUGAUGAAAAAAAUCUUCUCCUGUCAGAUGAAGAAGUGGUCAUAUUAAGAGCAACUUUGUCAAAUAAAAAAUUACAAAAAACAAUCUGUAAGUUGAAUAAUAACUAUGCAAAACGAGGUCUUCUACAAAUUAAAUGGGAUCUCUGCCACCGUGCUCCCAUUAGAUCAGAAUGUCCAAUAACAAUCAACCACCAAAACUGUAAUGUACAAUCAAGGUUUAAAUCAAAUAGGUCGAUAUUGAUUCAUUGUCUCCAAGUCGAAUCACAAAUGUCUCCCUUUGAUAACAUUUACCGUAGUCCAAAUAAUGAAUAUUGCGAGCAUCUUAGAAUUUCAAUAGUUUGUGAAUCAGAUAAUAGUAUUAUUAAAAAUUUUACUUACAAACAAGCAGUUGACUAUGAUUCCACAAUUCAAAUAGAAUUUCCUGAUUCGUUAUUGAUUAAAAAAGACACUUGGUAUACAAUUAAGUUCCACUGGCCUGUUUGUUCGUAUUAUAAAUAUUUGUAUGGUGUUCAAUCUAGGGAUCUGUAUUACUGUAACAAUAAUAUUGUGUUUGAAUUUCGAGAUAUUGCUACUACAAGUGUUGGUAGCUUUCUGAAAGGACUAAAAUUUUGUAUGUAGGUAACUUAUAUAUCAUAUAAAUUAACUGUACCUACUAAAAAUAAAUUCUUGUUGUCAUAGAUGGAUGAUGGGAAUCAUUUCUUACCAUUAAAUGAGCCACUGUGGCUGAAAAAGUGAGCUAAAAUUGUUUAAUGUCAACUCCUCUUGACAAACGAAGAAAACUUUUCUUGUGUUUGUUAAAUUAUUGUAGAGAAAAAAAAAGAAAUAUAAACUAAACAGUAAACAAAAAAUGAUCUACUAAUUUAAGGGUUCUUUUGUGUAAUCAGAUUGUCUUUGUUUGCUAGACUAGUUUCAGGAGAUUAUAAUCAUAUACUUCUAUAAUUGUGAUCUAGUAACAAUAAAUUUAAAAUAACAAA